CGCAGUCUCCAGUGCGGGACUCGAACCCAUGACAGCAGAGUAGACAGCAGCGGAGCUGAAUGCGGAUGUCCUCCACGGCGCAGUGACACUGAUAAGGAACUGGAGUCUCGGGAUGUGCUCGUUUUAAGUCAGACGAGCUUCUGCAAAAUUCACGCUACGAACGACGAUUUCAUCGCUAAACUGGCGUGAAUAUUUUCGCGAGUGGAGAACGCCUUCCUCCCAAAAUUAUUAAGAGAAGAAUUCUGACUGCAGGAAAAUGGGAAGUACAGUGAUGGACUCCAAGAAAAAGGAUUGUACAAAGAAAUCCUCAAAGAAAAAGCGAUCUCUGCGCCUGAACAUGCCAGAUUUGAGCACAUUCACAUCCUCUCUUAUGGACGGAGAGACUGACAGAGCAGAUAAGGAUGAAAUGCGCAAGGGUGACAGAAGUGAGUCAGCUAGCCCAUGUUUGAAGCCUCCUGCCAGUCAACCCUGUACCCCAUCGUCAGCCCCCGUAUGUCCCAGGAUCAGUCCAGGCACUCCUAAAACCAUCUUCCCACAUCCGCUAUCAUCUCACCAGGACUCACCUCCCAAAUCUCCCCGCCGUCUCAGUUUCAGUGGUAUCUUCCGCUCCUCGUCCAGCUCAGCUCCUGCCACCAUCAAGCUGUUCUCCAAAUCUAGAAAAGGCUCUGGGCUUUCCACUCCCCCCACCACCCCGACACAGAGUCCCGUUCCACCGGUGUUUUCUGUGGAGACCCCCAGUCCUGUGGAGCGGAUGGAGGAACGACGCUCCCGCUCUCUCUCGUCUCCCCCCGACACAGGCCAGCGCUUCAGCCUGAGCUCCUCCACCACCAAGCCCCCCAUCGCCUCGUACACCUUUAACUCUACCUCACGCCAGAGCUGCGUACUUGCUGAAGGCAUGCUGGAAAAACUUGAACUUGAUAAUGAAGCUGCUGAAGAGCCAGACAGUGACAUUUACAUGCGCUUUAUGAAAUCCCACAAGUGCUAUGACCUCAUCCCCACCAGCUCCAAACUAGUGGUCUUUGACACUACAUUACAGGUUAAGAAAGCUUUCUUUGCCUUGGUUGCUAAUGGAGUUCGAGCUGCACCAUUGUGGGAAACUAAAAAGCAAAGCUUUGUGGGAAUGUUAACCAUCACAGACUUCAUCAUCAUACUGCACAGAUACUACAAAUCGCCACUGGUGCAAAUAUAUGAGCUGGAGGAGCAUAAAAUUGAGACUUGGAGAGAACUGUACUUGCAAGCAACUUUUAAACCUUUAGUCAACAUAUCUCCAGAUGCAAGUAUAUUUGAUGCUGUUUACUCGCUCAUCAAAAAUAAGAUCCAUCGUUUGCCAGUGAUCGAUCCAGUCACAGGAAACGCUCUGUAUAUCCUCACACACAAGAGGAUCCUCAAGUUUCUGCAGCUCUUUGUGCGUGAGAUGCCUAAACCAGCCUUCAUGAGGCAGACUCUGGAGGAGCUGGGCAUUGGCACAUACAGUAACAUCGCCUUCAUUCACCCAGAUACACCCAUUAUUAAAGCACUGGGCAUGUUUGUGGAGAGGAGAGUGUCUGCCCUGCCGGUGGUGGAUGUUACAGGAAAGGUUGUGGACAUUUACUCCAAAUUUGAUGUCAUUAACCUGGCUGCUGAGAAGACCUACAAUAAUCUGGACAUCACCGUGACUCAGGCGCUGCUGCAUCGCUCACAGUACUUCGAGGGAGUUAUGAAGUGUUAUCGACAUGAGACCGUGGAGACUAUAGUGGACAGGAUCGUCAAAGCUGAGGUGCACAGGCUGGUAGUGGUGGACGAUAACUCCAGCAUCGAGGGCAUCAUCUCUCUCUCGGACAUCCUGCAGGCGCUGGUUCUCACCCCCGCAGGAGGACGCAUAAGGGACAGUGUAACUGAAUGACAAAACAUUUUGGAGGUGAAAAGAAAUGCAAGAAAUUCAAACCAAAAAGGUCCAGCCGGCAUUCCUGAUGGGAUACAGAGAAGAGGACAGCUGGAAACUUUUUAGAUCCUCGUUUAAGGGCAGGAAAUUGUGCCUGGCCGAAUGAAACCGUUUGAAUCUGCAGCUGAAGGAACAGACAUGCGAUCUUAACGCACACAUUGUUGGACUUGUUUAUGGUGGGCCGGUCGUGAGAAUCUGCCGCUAUACUGUACACUGCUUUAGAUGCUGGGCAUGUUCGCCUGGUGCUGCUGGUUUUAGAGGUGCUCACUGACAGCGCUAAAUCAGGCACGGGGAGGAAGCCUCCUUUUGUCUUCUAGCUGGGUCUGCGUUAUAUCAUCAGGCACUGUAGUCCACUCUUGGCUGAGUGUCUGAAGUGGAAAUUUGCCUUAAAUGAAGACCUCUGAGAGAGCUGAUUGUAAAGGUUAGCAGAGACCUGUAGAUGUGCAUGUAGUGCAAAAGCAGGUUCUUGAUUCUUCAGCAAUAUGUUGCUGGUGGUUCAAAGAACCUGCUAGACUCUGUAGGCAUCUGGCUUUUUUUUUUUUUCUUUCCCACUCUCUUGAAAAUAUUUUCAGGUUGCAUUUCAUCCCAAAACAAAAAGUAAAAAAUAUAAACAGAAUAUGAAGCAUAAAGCAAAAUAACGUGACAUUAUUUUCUUGACUGAUAAGCAUACUUCCCUGCAGGUUUUAUUAUUGUAAUACUAAAAUGAUUUAUAUAUUAUGUAAAUGAUAAAAUGCGUAUAUAUUGUAGUAUUUAUUCUAUCACCUGUAAUUUAUGCAGAAUUUAAAGAAAAAGAAUGGUUACUUUUUUUAAAUAAUGAGUAACUAAUAAGAAUCACCUCUGAAAGUAAUUGCUACGUUAAUAGUUUAAUAUUACAUAGUUGUCAUGAAGACAAUGUGACUUUUUUUCAGAAGGGGUUCUCAAUAGUUGGUCAUUAUUUAAAAAAAAAAAAUUUUUUUUUUUUGAUAGAACAAGUAUUAUAAUAUAAUAUAUAAAAAAAGAAAGACAGAGAAUGAGAUGUUUUGUAUCACAAUAAUUAAAAUUGCUGGGAAAUGUGCUUACUUAUCAUGAAAAUAAUGUAACAACCAAAAAAAAAAAAAAAUUAUGGUCCUAAAAAAAAUCUAUUGUUUUUUUUUGUUUCUUUCAAUUUUGGUGUGAUGUAUAUAUGAUAUGACCUAGACACAUUCUUGACAAGUUUAAUGAGAUUCAUCUGAAUAUUAUUGUUUUUGCCCGUCAACACUGGCCUAUUAGUCCAAAAUGUCUACUGAAUAUAAAUUGUGUUCUCAUCCUAUUAGUUGUCAGUGGAAAAAUGAAUGUACUACCACACUGCAUACGCACCGACUGUCAUGGACUGUAUUUUUACUGGAACAAAGAAUGUGUUAUGAAAAGUGA